CUGUCGCUCCCGGCGGCCUCCCAGUAGCCGUGCCGAGAAACGGCCGCGGCUCGGCGGGGUGCGCUCGGCCCCCGCUCGGUUGUUAGCCGUCUGUGCCCUGCGCCGCAGAGGAGAGCCCCGCUGGGGCAGUAAGGUCCCCGUGGGAGGCCGUUAGAAGCCGAGCGCUGAGCCGCCGCGACCCUUCUCUCGUCUGGUGGCGAAGCGGUUAAAUUUCAGCAGCGCCGCGGCGGGGCGCAGCCGCCCGUCCGACAACGCAGGCGUUUUGGGUCCUGCCGCACGCCGUCACGCAGUUCCCGCCUCAGCGGCGCGCGGCCUGUUUCAAAGCGGGAGCCAUGGCCGAGCAGGGCCUGGAGAUGGCCUCCAUGAUCCCGGCGCUGCGGGAGCUGGCCAGUGCCAGUCCAGAAGACUACAAUACCGUUGUGCAGAAACCAAGACAAAUACUCUGCCAGUUCAUUGACAGAAUUCUUACAGAUGUAGAUGUUGUUGCUUUGGAACUGAUUAAGAAAUCAGAUUCACAGCCAAGUUCUGUAAUGUUGCUUGAUUUUAUUCAACAUAUCAUGAAAUCUUCCCCGCUUAUGUUUGUAAAUGUGGAUGGAAAUCAGGAGGAAACCGAAUGCAGUUGCAUUGAAUUUAGUAACUGGAUCAUAACAAGGCUUCUCCGAAUUGCUGCAACUCCAAACUGCAACAUGCUGCACAAGAACAUUUGUGACGUCAUUUGCUCUUUACUUUUUCUGUUUAAAAUGAAGAGCUGCUCCAUUUUUGAAGUACUAACAAGAGACUUGCUACAGCUUUUCCAAGACUUAAUCUUCCUGCAUGAAAGAGAUGCGCAAAAGCAUCUCUGGGGAGAUGGACUGGUCUGGCCAGUGACUGUAAAGAGGUUUUCAAGCAAUACAAGUGACAAUGUGGGGUAUUUAAGAUUGGCACCAUUACAGCUGAUGGGUAUACCCAAUGUAGAAUGUUUGGAAGUUAUAUUAAUGUCUAUUCUGACAGAUAUUGUUGCAGAUGUGUUUUUUGUACGACAAGAUAUUAUUCUCUGGGGUAUAGGCUGCUCCCUGUUGGAGUAUGGCAGUCCAAAAGUUAAAGCUUUGGCAGUGAAGUUUUUAGUAAAAUUAAUUCAUUUAGGAGGACCUCCAGAACAGCUGGCCAGUGUUUUCUUCACAGUCUUUUUUGGAAUUCUACAGUCAGCACUUGAAAUGGAUACUGAAGAAUCAGAACUCUUUGGAGAACCACUUUUACUGUUGGUGAGGACAUUGUUGCCUUUUGAAGCAGAUUCUUACAGAAAUAUUGAACCUGUCUACUUGAAUAUGCUAUUAGAGAAGCUCUGUGCAUUGUUUGAAGGUGAUGUGUUUAGGAGUCUUCAGUCUGAAAAGCUGAAAGCUGCUUUUUGCCAUAUACUGCAAUAUUUUCUGGAGUUUGUUCCAACUGGCUAUGAAUCUGCCUUGCAAGUAAGAAAAGUCCAUAUCAGUACCAUAUGCAGAGUUUUUGUGAAUGUGCUUGGAACUCAGGAAGAACAGGAGUAUCUGGUGAGCCCACUUUAUACAGCAUUAAAAAUACAAAUGGAAGAAAUCUUUCAGGAGCUUCAUCAGAACCAGCUAGAUACUUCCGAUACUGAUGGGUGGAGCAGCAGCGGUGAUGAAGUUCCAGAGAAAAGACGACGACUAAGCCUGCCAACAAAGCAUCCAAAGAAAUCACCUGCACCAGUAAUUCUCAGUCCUGUAAACAUGAAAUUGAAGAGUCCUCUAUGGAAUGCCAUCACAAAGAAAGCUGCAUCCUUAAUGUUUAUCCUUGAGAGAGAAAUUCUGACAGCGGAUAUUCUUCAGACUGUAGAAGGGUUUGCUGUAAUUCUGCGACUAGCUGCUUUGUGCAUAGUUCAUUGUUCUCCCUCAACAAAUUCUACCAGUAUAUAUCAUAAAGUAGCUCAUCUGUGUAACUCUGACACAUGUAAGAAUACUCCGAGCUCCUCAGAUUCAGUGGUGAAUAUACAGUUCACAUGGAUUUCCUCUGAUUUUAUCACAAGAGUAGUGAAAGUCUGCAGAAACCUGUUAGAGGCUGCUACGCAGAUUGUUAACCUAGAACAAGUGAUUGACAGAAUAGUGAAAAUCUUUGAUGCUUUGCUGUAUGCACAAGUGAAAAUUCCACUGAGUGAUCAGAUUCUUGAUAACUUAUGUGGAUUGCUGUCUCUGCCCUGGAUUUACAGCCAUCCUGAUGAUUCUUCUUUUAAGCCAUCUGCUUUUGGGUUUGAUCCUCUAGUUUUGAGUCAAAAAACUGCACAGAGUUUCUCACCCCAAACUCAGUCACACUGUGUGUUCCUUCUGUCUCUCUUCCCAAGAAACAUUAGUCUGGAUUGGAGAAAAUCCAUUUAUCAUUGGGCACUACAAAGUCCCCAUGAAGUAAUUCGGGCUACUUGCGUUAAAGGAUUCUCUCUCCUGCUUCAUCCGCCAAGUGUGCAGUCCUGCAGUAUGAUUCCCAAAGCUCUUUUAAAUCAAAUCAAAGAUGAGUCUGAGCUAGUCAAGGAGGCUUGUGCUGCUAUAGUUGGGAAAUUAUCUUGCUGUCUUUCUGGUACCUUCAGUGUACGACCUUCCUUAGCAGACUCUGCUAUUAAGCAUGUUACUUAUGAUAUUUUGUGUAGCAGCCUUACUGUGAGUUCUGCUCAUGAAAAAACUUGUUCCGUGCAAGCCUGUGUUUUCAAGCCAUUUCUUAUUCUCCUCGAGAACAAAGUAUCCAGUUCAGUAAAGCUAGCAUUUAUAGAAAAUAUACCUCAUCUUUGCAAACAUCUGGAUUUUAGCACUGAUGAGUCCAGUGUGAAGAUUCUUAUUGGGUCUUUAUUAAACCUAAUGGAAGAUCCAGACAAAGAUGUAAGAGUGGCUUUCAGUGAUUGCAUAAAGAACAUACUAGAAUCCUUAGACUCUGAAGAAGGAUUCAUAAAAGAGCUAUUUGUUUCAAGAAUGAAAGAAGCUUAUACAAAUGCCAAAAUAUCAAGAAAUAAUGAGCUUAAAGAUACCUUGAUUCUCACAACAGGAGAUAUUGGAAGGGCAUCAAAAGGAGAUUUGGUACCGUUUGCCCUCUUGCAUUUGUUACACUGUUUGUUGUCCAAGUCAGCUUCUGUGGCUGGAGCAGCAUACACAGAAAUUCGAUCCCUGGCGGCAGCUAAGUCCAUAAAACUGCAAGCUUUUUUCAGUCAGUACAAGAAACCUAUCUGUCAGUUUCUAGUGGAAUCCCUGCACUCCAGCCAGAUGGCAGUAUUGAGUGCUCCAUGCCAGGGUAUUGCUGUUGUUUGUUAUAAUAUAGAAUAUUUUGGGAUUGCUGCAAAUGGGAGCUCAAAUACAGAGGAACAUAUUUAUCAAAGAGUUACAGUGAUGGCUACAGUGCUAAUUCAACGGACCCUACAAGUUUUGCUUCCUGACCUUGCAGCCAAGGCUAGUCCUGCAGCCUCCACACUUAUUCGAACCAUAGCAAAACAGCUGAAUGUAAACCGAAGAGAGAUUUUAAUUAAUAACUUCAAAUACAUCUUCUCUCAUUUGGUCUGUUCGUGCUCCAAGGAUGAGCUUGAGCGGGCACUUCACUACCUCAAGAACGAGACCGAGAUAGAACUGGGCAGCUUGCUGAGACAGGACUACCAGGGACUGCAUAAUGAAUUAUUGCUGCGUAUAGGAGAACACUAUCAACAAGUCUUCAAUGGUUUGUCAAUAUUGGCUUCAUUUGCAUCUAAUGAUGAUCCCUAUCAGGGACCUAGAGAAAUAACAUCACCUGAACAAAUGGCUGAUUAUCUGCAACCUAAAUUGCUUGGUAUCUUGGCUUUUUUUAAUAUGCAGUUACUGAGUUCCAGUGUUGGCAUUGAGGAUAAAAAAAUGGCUUUAAAUAGUCUUAUGUCUUUAAUGAAGCUCAUGGGUCCCAAACAUAUCAGUUCAGUAAGAGUGAAGAUGAUGACUACACUGAGAACAGCGCUAAGAUACAAGGAUGAUUUUCCAGAACUGUGUUGCAGAGCCUGGGAUUGUUUUGUUCGAAGUCUGGACCAUUCAUACCUCGGCUCCUUGCUUAGUCAUGUGAUAGUAGCAUUAUUGCCCCUUAUACAUAUCCAACCAAAGGAAACUACAGCAGUAUUUUACUUUCUCAUAGUUGAGAACAGGGAUGCAGUACGAGACUUCUUACAUGAAAUAUAUUUUCUGCCUGACCUUCCAGAGCUAAAAGAAAUUCAAGUCGUCCUUCAGGAAUACAGAAAGGAAUCCUCCAAAAGCACUGACUUGCAGACAACACUGCAGCUGUCUAUGAGAGCUAUUCAGCAUGAGAAUGUGGAUGUUCGUAUUCAUGCACUUACCAGCCUGAAAGAAACAUUAUAUAGAAAUCAGGAAAAAUUGAUAAAGUAUGUAACAGACAGUGAAACUGUGGAGCCAGUCAUCUCCCAGUUGGUAACUGUACUUCUAAUCGGCUGCCAGGAUGCAAAUUCUCAAGCCCGACUACUUUGUGGAGAAUGUUUAGGUGAACUGGGAGCCAUAGAUCCUGGUAGGCUUGAUUUUUCAACAAGUGAAACUCAAGGAAAACAUUUUACAUUUGUGGCUGGUGUGGAGGAUCCGAAUUUUGCCUAUGGAUUAUUAAUGGAACUGACCAGAGCAUUCCUUGCUUAUGCUGAUAAUGUUCGUGCUCAGGAUUCUGCAGCAUAUGCGAUUCAGGAGUUAUUGUCUAUCUAUGACUGUAGAGAGACAAACACUGACUGCCCAGGCUCCAGGCUUUGGAGGAGGUUUCCUGAGCAUGUGCAGGAGAUCUUGGAACCUCACUUAAAUACAAGGUACAAGAGUUAUCAAAAGGCUGUAAAUUGGUCUAAGAUGAAGAAGCCAAUUUACUUAAGCAAAUUAGGUGAUAAUUUUGCAGAAUGGUCAGCGACUUGGGCAGGUUAUCUUAUAACAAAGGUGCGGCAUGAUCUUGCCAGAAAAGUUUUCAAUUGCUGCAGUAUUAUGAUGAAGAAUGACUAUAAAGUUACAAUUUAUCUGCUUCCGCACAUCCUUGUCUAUGUUUUGUUGGGAUGCAGUCAAGAAGAUCAACAAGAGGUUUAUGUGGAAAUCAUGGCUGUUCUGAAACAUGAUGACCAGUCUACCAGGAGACUUGAAGACAGUGCAUCUGAUCUAAGUCAGCUGAGCACACAGACAGUGUUCUCCAUGCUUGAUCAUCUAACUCAGUGGGCUAGACAUAAGUUUCAAAUACUUAUUGCUGAGAAAAAUACUGGCAAGUCUAGCAAAGACAGAGGUGAUCUAAAAACAUCAAGUGAGGACUAUGGAGAAUACCAAAAUGUGACACGUUUUCUAGACCUCAUACCUCAGGAUACACUAGCUGUGGCUUCCUUUCGCUCUAAGGCUUACACAAGGGCUGUGAUGCACUUUGAAUCAUUCAUCACAGAGAAGAAACAAAAUAUUCAGGAGCAUCUUGGAUUUCUUCAGAAAUUGUAUGCUGCUAUGCAUGAACCAGAUGGAGUAGCUGGGGUGAGUGCAAUUCGGAAAGCAGAACCAUCUCUCAAAGAACAAAUCCUUGAACAUGAAAGUAUUGGUUUGUUAAGAGAUGCAACAGCCUGUUAUGAUAGGGCUAUCCAACUGGAACCUGAUCAGAUUAUUCAUUAUCAUGGUGUAGUGAAGUCCAUGUUAGGCCUUGGUCAGUUAUCUACUGUAAUUACUCAGGUCAAUGGAGUGCUUGCAAACAGGUCUGAAUGGAUUUCUGAAUUGAAUACUUACAGAGUAGAAGCAGCCUGGAAACUGUCACAGUGGGAUUUACUGGAAAAUUAUUUGGCUUCAGAUGUGAAGUCCACUACUUGGAGCGUCAGACUAGGACAUUUAUUAUUAUCAGCCAAGAAGAAAAAUGAAGGAGCUUUUUAUGACACACUCAAGGUUGUUCGAGCAGAGCAGAUUGUACCUCUUUCAGCAGCAAGCUUUGAAAGAGGAUCCUAUCAGCGAGGAUACGAACACAUUAUCAGGUUACAUAUGCUGUGUGAGUUGGAACAUAGUAUUGGACCAAUGUUUCAGCAACCAGAUGGUGACUACAGUAGAGAUUCCUUGAAUUGGUGUGCUCGUAUUGAAAUGACCCAAAACUCUUACAGAGCAAAAGAACCCAUUUUAGCACUGAGAAGGGCUUUGCUUAGUCUCAGUAAAAGCCAGGAUUACAGUGAGCUUGUUGGUCAGUGUUGGCUCCAGAGUGCUAGAGUUGCAAGAAAAGCUGGUCAUCACCAGACUGCCUAUAAUGCUCUUCUGAAUGCUGGGGAAUCUACGCUCUCAGAACUUUAUAUAGAAAGAGCAAAGUGGCUCUGGUCCAAGGGUGAGGUUCAUCAAGCACUCAUUGUUCUCCAGAAGGGGGUUGAGUUAUGUUUCCCUGAAAAUAAAGCACCAUGCAGUAGCAAAAAUCAGCUCAUCCAUGGUCGGGCAAUGCUGCUAGUAGGCAGGUUUAUGGAAGAAACUGCUAACUUUGAAAGCAAUGCAGUUAUGAAAAAAUACAAGGAUGUUACGAUUUUCUUGCCAGAAUGGGAAGAUGGACAUUUUUAUCUUGCUAAAUACUAUGAUAAAUUAAUGCCAAUGGUAACUGACAACAAGAUGGAAAAACAAGGAGAUCUGAUUAGAUACAUAGUUCAUCAUUUUGGGAGAUCUCUACAAUAUGGAAACCAAUUCAUCUAUCAGUCAAUGCCAAGAAUGCUAUCUUUAUGGCUGGACUUUGGAGCGAAAGCAUAUGAAUGUGAUAAAGCUAGUCGUUCAGAACGUGUUCAAAUGAAAAACGAUUUGGCUAAAAUAAAUAAGGUGAUUACAGAGCACACAAAUCACCUGGCACCUUACCAGUUUCUGACAGCUUUUUCUCAGCUAAUCUCCCGAAUCUGCCAUUCUCAUGAUGAAGUCUUUGCAGUUCUGAUGGUGAUUGUUGCUAAAGUGUUUUUAGCCUAUCCACAGCAAGCAAUGUGGAUGAUGACUGCUGUGUCCAAGUCCUCUUAUCCUAUGCGUGUCAAUAGAUGUAAGGAAAUUCUAAACAAAGCUAUUCACAUGAAGGAAUCUUUAGGAAAAUUUAUUGGAGAUGCAACACGCCUUACGGAUAAGCUAUUAGAACUAUGCAACAAACCGGUUGAUGGAAACAGUUCAACAUUAAGCAUGAAUAUUCAUUUCAAAACACUUAAGAGAUUAGUAGAAGAGUGCACAUUUAGUGAAAUUCUCAUUCCCUUACAAUCUGUAAUGAUACCAACUCUUCCUUCAAUUCCUGGUACACAUGCUAACCAUGACCCUUUUCCUGGAUGCUGGGCCUACAUUGCAGGCUUUGAUGAUACGGUGGAAAUUCUUGCCUCACUUCAAAAGCCAAAAAAGAUCACCUUGAAAGGUUCAGAUGGGAAAUCUUACAUUAUGAUGUGUAAGCCAAAAGAUGAUCUAAGAAAAGACUGUCGGCUCAUGGAAUUCAACUCGCUUAUUAAUAAGUGCUUAAGAAAAGAUGCAGAGUCACGUAGGCGAGAACUCCAUAUUCGAACCUACGCAGUUAUUCCAUUAAAUGAUGAAUGUGGUAUAAUUGAAUGGGUGAACAAUACUGCUGGCUUAAGAAAUAUCCUGAUAAAACUUUAUAAGGAGAAAGGUAUCUAUAUGACUGGAAAAGAAUUGCGUCAGCAUAUGCUUCCAAAGUCAGCACCUUUGUCUGAAAAGCUGAAAAUGUUCAAAGAAGUCCUUCUACCUCGUCAUCCUCCUCUCUUUCAUGAAUGGUUUCUUAGAACAUUUCCUGAUCCUACUUCAUGGUACAAUAGUAGGUCAGCCUAUUGUCGUUCUGUUGCAGUUAUGUCAAUGGUGGGUUACAUACUUGGUCUAGGAGACCGUCAUGGUGAAAACAUCCUGUUUGAUUCUUUGACUGGUGAAUGUGUGCAUGUGGAUUUCAACUGCCUUUUCAAUAAGGGAGAAACUUUUGAAGUUCCGGAAAUCGUUCCUUUUCGUCUCACUCACAACAUGGUUAAUGGAAUGGGUCCAAUGGGAACAGAAGGUCUCUUCCGAAGAGCUUGUGAAGUCACAAUGAGGCUUAUGCGUGAUCAAAGGGAGCCUCUAAUGAGUGUCUUAAAGACUUUUCUCCAUGAUCCUCUUGUGGAAUGGAGUAAACCUGUUAAAGGGAAUACAAAAGCACAGGUGAACGAAACUGGAGAAGUUGUCAAUGAAAAGGCCAAAACCCACGUCCUUGAUAUAGAACAACGACUGCAAGGUGUCAUUAAGACUAGAAACAGAAUAAAAGGAUUACCCUUAUCUAUUGAAGGACAUGUUCAUUACCUUAUUCAAGAAGCAAGUGAUGACAACCUGCUCUGCCAGAUGUAUAUGGGCUGGGCUCCAUAUAUGUGAAAUUGUUCACUUUGGAACAACACCAUUCACAAGUGAUGUAGCUGUAAUAUUCUUGAGAAGGUAUUAACCAAAGAUAACUGGUUACUUCUGUUGAUUUCUGAUUGUAAGCAGCAGAACAGUGUUAUGUUCAAUCAAAAUCUAUGUAAAAUAUACCAAAACGCAAGUAUGUUACGAAUAUACUUGCAGAUGUGUAAGGUGUUAUGACUUAGGUUUUGUAUACAUAUAGAAGGCAGUACAUAGAAACUGCUUAAAAAUUAGACUGCGCAAGACUCUGCAAGUUUCUUACUCUGACUAUAUGAAAAAUUUUCACAGUGUUGACAGAAUGCACUCUAACUACUGUAUAUAUUUGUAAAGAUUUUUCUCAUUCAGCUUGUAGAUUAGA